AGUACUUCCUUUCUGAGCGCGAAGCUGCGGAGACAAGAUGGGCCACCAACAACUCUAUUGGAGUCACCCGAGAAAAUUCGGUCAGGGAUCGCGAUCCUGCCGCGUGUGCUCAAACAGACAUGGAUUGAUCCGCAAGUAUGGCUUGAACAUGUGUCGCCAGUGCUUUAGACAGUAUGCAAAAGAUAUUGGAUUUGUUAAGCUUGAUUGAAUGAGAUUGCGACACUGAGAUUAAGCCACGGAUCUUCUGCAAAGGACCUGCAAGAGAUGCCAUUGCUGUUAGAAAUAAACUCUUUUGUAAUCUGAA